CUCAGUCGGACGACCACAGUCACAGGGGAUAGAGAAAAUUAAAGGCUGAACAUGUUUGAGUUGUCACUGGCAGAAGUUUUAGCUGGACAUACAAUCAGAGGCUCUGAUACACCUGGAUCUUCUAAACUAAAUAGGGCUCAGUAUAAUUUGAAAACUAAGUUCUUCUUCGUCAUUUUAUUGGCAACGGUAAAUGGAGGCUCAGCGGCCAGCUGUUCAGGUUUGGGGCAGAUCCUGGGUCUCUGCUCAAAUAUGCAGUUUUGUAGAGAUGGAAAAUGUUUUGACGAGUCAGAGUUCAUUAUAAUACCAGAGAGUACGUCCACCUUUGGCAAGUUUCUGGAAAUGUGUGGACUAGUGGGUGGAUUUCUGUAUUUCUUAGUCACUGCCUUCAAAAUAAUGAAAAAAAUGAUUGAAAUUAUUGAUCAAGCCCACGAUGAACCCUUGAAUGGGGUACCCCCACCAGCGAGGACCCCACGACCCCACGCUGACAGGGUACCAGGUGCUGCAAGACCCCAUGAGGAACGGGAUGACAGUGAAUCGGAUGACAGUGGACAUGAGGAUCGAAGACAAAAUAAUUGUAUGGUCAUGUGAUGUUUUACUUCAGUUACUAAAUUAAUUUGUAACGAAACAUUUUCUAAAUGUUUAUCGUUGCAUACCUUGGUGAAAAAGUAACUGUUAUUUUAUUUUAUUUUUAUUUUUUUAUUUUUUUUUUCUUGUUUAAGAAUGCUAAUUUGUUUAAAUUCUGUAUAUGGUUAAAACGAAAAGUCUGUAAGAAAUGUAGGUUAUUUGUAUGAUGUGUUUCUCAAUUAAAUAUUUAAGAAAAUAUUAUUUGGUUAUUAAAUGAAACAUAUAAACCAGUUAAUUGAUUGUUGUUU